AUGCUGUACAAUCAAGAAGCUACCAGAUCAGAUUUUAUAGACAUCAAGGCAGAUCCCAAGCUGAUCCCAUCCCAGCUGAAACACCCCUUAAAACACCCAAAGGUCCCAUCACCACCCUGCCAGAACGCCAAGAUCUGCUCUUUCUGCUACAUAGCUCACCUUGCCUGCAGACAUGGGCUGGCAGCAGCAAUCCCCAGCACGGAGCUUGAUGGGAUGGAUACAGAGCUUCAGCCCGGCUGCAGCCCUCCCGCUCGGGCAACGUUAACCACGGCAGGAGCAUCCCAGACCCAUGGAGGAGGGGGGGAACGAGGAAUACCAACCUUGGCUUACCGAGUGUUCUGCACGGGUACCCGAGCCAGCGCCAGCUCCGAGCCUAAGUCAUCCCUCCGUGGGAGGUGGGAAGCGACUACCAUUCCAGGAGAGCAGACGGGAGCGCAGAGGUACUUUCAAACUGGAGCAGCAGCUCGCAGCACGGCCUGCUCCUGCAUGGUGCUGCCCGCGCCCGCCUCCCACCGGCGGGCCAAGGACGAGGCCGCCUCAGGGAGCGGCGCGGCGGGCCCGGGGGCCGCGGGGGCGGUCAGGGAGCUCGGAGGCCAGCGGCCGCUGCAGCCCGCGGCCAGGCCCGUCCCGCAGCUCGCCUCUCCCCAUGGGACGGCUCCCGCGGCCCCGCCGGCGCGCGCACCGGCGCGCUUACGGUGCCCUGCGGCCUGCCCCGCCGCUGCGCUGCUGGAAGCCCCACGCUGGGCUGGGGUAGGGGGUUCUUGCCCGCCCCGGCGAGGCCCACACAAAGGGCGGCGGCGGCGGCGG